AUGUUCACUAGAUUAACCUCUCUCGGACCAUUCUAUCCACCAUGGGUGGAGUUGAUUGUGAACACUGUCCGUUAUGUACCACAACUUACAGAUGACCAACACCAUAUAGUAUGGAAUCUACUUACAGAAUUCGCUGACGUAUUUGCAUUGUCGACAAGGGAAGUGAAACAGGUAGAUUUCGUUAAGUUCCGGUUGUCAAUACCUCCAGAUGCAGGAUUCUCCAAGAAAGUCCACCAAUGCCUGCUAACACAACCACAGUGA